AUGAAUAUUAGACAACCCCUACGCCUAGCUACAAGAAUUUCUCACGUAUGCGGCACCACACUUUCCUUUACGACCAUAAGUCGUCCUCGUUCUUAUUCCCCUCUUCCUAAACAUGCCCUCGUAAAACUUUCCCUACCUUCACACUUCUCUCGUUCUUUCCACAUAACACCUCCGGCCAAAGGCCCGCCAGCAUUUCUUCUCAUAUUCAAAUCUACUACUGGUGCUGCCUCGCUUCGAAUACUCUCCAACUUUUUCCUUUCUUUUCUUCCCUUAGCUCUUCGUUCCAAAAGGCUCUCACCUCGAAAACGGCGCAUUCUUCUCGGUUUAUCCACGAUAAUUCCCGUUACCGGAUUUACAAUUACAUUACUCUCUGGGCUAGAACAAGCACCACAUACAAAUAGAUGGAGGGUAUCGUUCAUGAACGAAGAAGAGGAAUACGCCCUAUGUCAUGAGGCGUUUAUGAGAGAAAUAGCAAAUUGUACAGAUAGAGUUGUCGGACUGGAUAAGAAAGAUGCCAUGUUCGUUCUUCAUGUUGCCGUGAAUUUAGUGACUGGAUUAGACGAUAAGAUGAAUCGGUUACGAAACGUUAGUAUUAAAAAGAAUAACAAUGCCGAUAUAGAAAAUGAAAAUUUUGGAAAUGUUGACAUCAAUAAUGAGAAUGUAGGAAACGGAAAGAAUGGUUAUGGCAUUAAUGAAGUAAACAAAGACUUGUACCCGAGGAAACAGACAAAAGAGUUGAUUAAAUUAAAAACGAACUUUAAAGACAAUGAGACGGAUGAAGCGAGUGCGAAUCAUAUUGACGAAGCGAGGCCAUUUCAUAUUUAUGUUAUUGAUGAUGACAAUAUAGUGAACGCGUGUGCCUUUGGAGCUACAAGAAGGAUUAUCGUUUAUACAGGUUGGUUAAAAUUUAUCAACUAUAACGAAGAUUACCUUGCAACAACUCUUGCACAUGAGAUGGCACAUAUAUUACAAAGACACUCAAGUGAAUUUUUGGGAUUCUCUCAAGUCAUAGUGACGGUAGCAGCUGAGGGUUUCGUCCACUCGUUAUUCGGUCCACGCUACAGUCAAAAACAAGAAAGGGAAGCUGAUCUAGUCGGUAUGCAACUACUCGCAUUAGCUGGUUAUAAUCCCAACAAAGCUGUUGAACUCUGGUCUCUUUCUGCUGCAAAAUCUCAUAAUUCUGCAGCAACAUCAAAUUCGAAUGAUAUUGGGUUUGAAUCGACCCUUGUUGACGAGGAAGAUUAUGCAAAUGAAGUACUGAAAUCGUUAGAUUCUUAUUUUUCAACUCAUCCUUUAGAUGAAGAACGGGCAAAGUAUUUGAUUGCUGCAUUACCAGAUGCAGAGGAGCUGUAUGAGAGAGCAGUUGGUGAAAGAGGUAGGGCCAGGCAGUUUAAGGAAACAGAAGUUGUGGAAAACUGGGAUGUCAUGAACUUAGUAUCGGAUUUGUGGGGUCGAUUGACAAGGAAAAGUUUCUUCUGA